GAGUUGUCUGAUUCUCAUUUCCGAAUCAAACCAAAACCUACUUUUAUUUUUUCAAGUACUCAAAAACUCAAAACAGUAUUCCAAACAAACAAAGAAGAUGAUGAGGAAGAACGACAUCCCAGCGAUUGUCGUUUUUUCUGUGUCCUUGUUGUUCUUGCUUUGUAAUUUCCCGAGUAUGUCGUUGGCCCAAAAAAGUAGUAAUGGUGGGAAAAUAAUAGGAGUGAAAGUUGGGGUGAUUCUGAACUUGGAGACUGAUUUUGGGAAGAUGGGGCUGAGCUGCAUCAAUAUGGCUCUUUCUGAUUUCUACACCUCCAAUCCUGCCUUCACAACCAGACUUCGUCUCCACACUAGGAACUCCAAAUCCGACGUCGUUGAAGCCGCUGCUUCAGCUUUGGAUCUAAUAAAAAAUGUUAAAGUCGAAGCCAUUCUAGGCCCAGAAACAUCAAUGCAGACCCACUUCGUAAUCGAACUCGGUGACAAAGCCCAAGUGCCCAUCAUAACAUUCUCCGCGAAAAGCCCAUCUCUCACUUCUCUCCGAAGCCCAUACUUCUUCCGAGUAGCCGCAAACGACUCGUCUCAGGUGGAAGCCAUAGCUGCCGUCGUCAAAGCUUUCGGAUGGAGAGAAGUAGUGCCCAUCUAUGUCGACAACGAGUACGGCGAGGGAAUCAUUCCUUACUUGACCGAUGCUUUACAAGACGUCGAUGCCCAAGUACCGUACCGGAGUGUGAUCCCUCCGACCGCCACAGACGACCACAUUUCCGCCGAGCUCUACAAGCUCAUGACAAUGCAGACAAGGGUCUUCGUCCUUCAUAUGUUGCCGGCUCUUGGGUACCGAAUCUUUGCCAUGGCCGAGAAGAUUGGUAUGAUGGCUGAUGGUUAUGUUUGGAUAAUGACUGAUGGGGUUGCUGAUUUUCUGGGCUCAGCCAAUUCAACUGUUCUCGAUUCGAUGCAAGGAGUUUUGGGGUUGAAAACCCAUGUCCCUAAAACGAAGGAGCUUCAGAAUUUUGCGGUUCGCUGGAGAAAAAAAUUUCAACGUGAAAAUCCCACCAUUGUUAACCCUCCUUUGGUGACUUUUGGGCUUUGGGCUUACGACGCCGUUUUCGGAUUGGCCAAGGCAGUUGAGGAGAUUGGGAAAGCAUCGAACUUUAGCUUCAAAAGGGUGAAUGUUUCGAGUGAUAACAACUCUACUGAUUUGGGAUCGUUUGGGGUGUCUCAGACUGGUCCGGAACUUGUUCAAGCGUUAUCGAAGAUGACGUUUAAAGGGCUUUCGGGUGAGUUUAAACUCGUUAAUGGGCAGCUGCAAACUUCGACUAUUGAGAUCAUCAACGUGAAUGGAAGUGGUGAAAGAAAGGUUGGGUUUUGGACGCUUGAGAAUGGACUCGAGAGAACGUUGGGUUCGGGAGAUAAGACCAAAUACUCUGCUUUGAAUACCAGUUUGGCGCCUAUAAUAUGGCCUGGUGACUCGACCUCAGCUCCUAAGGGGUGGCAGAUCCCGACGAAUGGGAAGAAGUUGCGAAUUGGGGUCCCGGUUAAACAUGGAUUUAGGGAGUUUGUGAAUGUGACAUUUCCUUUCUCAAAUGAUUCUGUUACAGGUUACAGUAUCGAUGUUUUCAAGGCCGUUUUGGAAGCACUGCCUUACUCUGUUUCGUACGAGUAUGUUCCCUUUGCUAAUGCCGAUGGCAGUAGGGCUGGCACAUACAACGACUUUGUCUACCAAGUGUUUGAUGGGAAACUGGAUGCUGCAGUUGGGGACAUAACCAUUAGAGCAAAUAGGUCCUUGUAUGUGGACUUUACAUUGCCAUAUACUGAGUCUGGUGUGUACAUGAUAGUACCAAUCAAGGAUGAUAGAAGUGGCAAUGCUUGGGCAUUCUUGAAGCCUUUGACUUGGGAUCUUUGGGUAACAAGUGGUUGUUUUUUCAUUUUUGUUGGGUUUGUAGUAUGGGUUCUUGAACACCGAAUAAAUGAGGACUUUCGUGGCCCUCCAUAUCAUCAAAUUGGAACAAGCUUUUGGUACUCUUUUUCAACCAUGGUUUUUGCACAUAAGGAAAGAGUUGUGAGUAACUUGGCAAGAUUUGUAGUGAUUAUAUGGUGCUUUGUAGUACUCAUACUCACCCAAAGUUACACAGCUAGUUUGACCUCGCUUUUAACAGUCCAACAACUCCAACCAACCAUCACUGAUGUGAACCAGCUCCUGAAGAACAAGGAGAAAGUUGGCUUUCAACGGGGUUCUUUUAUAGAAGGAAUAUUGAAACAAAUGGGGUUUGAAGAUCACCAAUUUGUGAUCUAUGACACUCCAGAAGACUUAUACCAACUCUUUGCAAAUGGGAGUAAAAACAAUGGGAUUGCUGCUGCUUUUGAUGAAACACCUUACAUGAAACUUUUUAUGGCAAAAUAUUGCUCCAAGUUUACCAUGGUUGAACCAACAUUCAAAGCUGACGGCUUUGCUUUUGCUUUUCCGAAAGGCUCGCCUCUUGUUCAAGAUAUUUCGAGGGCAAUAUUGGAAGUGACUGAAGGAAAGAAAAUGAAGGCUAUAGAAGAAUUGUGGUUCAAGAAAGACACUAACUGUGUAGACCCCAACAACAAGUUCUCAUCCAACAGUCUUGGGCUGGAAAGCUUUUGGGGACUCUUUCUCAUCGCAGGUGUGGCUUCAUCGUUGGCGCUUGUCAUAUAUGCUGUCAUGUUCCUCUACGAGCAAAGGAAUCUCUUGAUGAACUCCGAUGCAGAACCAUCAGUUUGGAGGAGAAUUGCGGCCAUUUUUAGAACAUUUGACGAAAAGGACCUCAGCUCGCACACUUUUAGAAAGAAUGAAGUCGGAGAAAGAAGCGUCAUUGACAUGUCAUCGCCGAACACCAACUGCCCGCCAAGUCCUUCAGGGUUCUCAGUCCAUACAAAUUCAAGCUUUGUGUUUAGGGAGCCAGGAUCGUCUUCUCCAGACCCAAAUGGUACACAAACAACUUAUCAAGAGACUGUUGUAGUCUCAGCUGUAGAGGUCACUGGCCCAGAUCAAGACUUGAGGGAGAAUCACAACUCUUAGAUUGUGUAUAUUAUGCUAGUAAUGAUGGAACUCUACCUCAAUUUAAAAUGGUAGGAGUUUUUAUUCGUAUAAAUCAUGUUACGUGUAGAUAUAACUCUGAUAUACAUGCAAAUUCUCACACUCCCAUGACAGUACCAGAGAUUAAUUGUUUCUUCUUUAAGAUUUGGGUUUGGUGCAAUUAGAAAUUUGACAUGUCUUGUAAUAAUUUUUAAAUAAUCUGUAAAAAAGAUAACUGAAAAAAAGUAUUAAUUUGUGAUAUU